AUAACCUGCUACGUGUUAUGUUAUCAAUUCAGUUUAAACUCCAAUAUGACUGAAACAAUGUCCAAUAAAACGAUUUUAGUAACCGGUGGCACGGGACUGGUAGGAAAGGCAAUCGAAACAGUGGUUUUAUCGGAGAAACGAACCGACGAAAAAUGGAUAUUCAUCAGCAGCAAAGACGCAGAUUUAUGCGAUUACAAUGCCACAAAGCAACUAUUUGAAAAACACAAUCCGACCCACGUUAUACAUUUGGCCGCAAUGGUCGGCGGAUUGUUCCACAACAUGAACCACAACUUAGACUUUCUGAGGAAGAACCUGCACAUGAAUGACAAUGUGCUACAAGUGAGCCAUGAAACUGGUGUCCAAAAGGUGGUAUCUUGCUUGUCCACCUGCAUAUUCCCAGACAAAACCCAGUAUCCCAUUGAUGAGACCAUGAUCCACAAUGGUCCACCUCAUCCGUCCAACUUCGGCUACAGCUACGCCAAACGCCUGAUAGACGUGAUGAACAAAGCGUACCACGAACAACAUCGCUGUCAGUUCACCUCGGUGGUGCCGUGCAACGUUUUCGGCCCGCACGACAACUUCAACCUCGAAAGCAGCCACGUAAUACCCGGCUUAAUCAGGAAAUUGUACGACAUCGUCCAAAGUGGCGGUGACACCUUUACCGUAAUGGGAACAGGGAAGCCACUGAGGCAAUUCAUUUACUCUCUGGAUUUAGCCAGGUUGUUUUUGUGGGUGCUUCGGGAAUACGACGAAAUCGAGCCUAUCAUCCUUUCCGUUGAUGAGAGUGCCGAAGUCAGUAUAAAGGAGAUGGCCGAGGAGCUGGUGAAAGCUUUCAAUUUUAAGGGGAAAAUUGUUUAUGAUACAACAAAAGCUGAUGGGCAGUACAAAAAGACUGCCAGCAAUGCAAAGCUGAGGAAGUAUUUACCCGAUUUUAAAUUCACACCGUUCCCUGAAGCCAUAAAAGAAACUGUGGAUUGGUACAGGAAAAACCACAGCAUUGCCAGACAUUAAAUAUAUAUUUUUUGAAAAAUUUUGUAAUACAUUACAGUAAAAUAUGUGAAGUAUGACGUGUUUUUUAUCUGUUGGGAUAAUUAUAGUUUAAAUUAUUUGGCCAAUUAAAAUAUAUUUAUUAACA